ACAUCAGCUUUUCUUUUCUUUUCUUUUCUUUUUUUCUCAUUCUUCAAGUGAUCAAAGUUUGACAUGGAGCAAAACCCUAGAGCUGAUAGAAAGACUAUAGAGAAAAAUAGAAGAAAUCAUAUGAAGGCCCUCUAUUCCAAGCUCCAUUCCUUAGUUCCCCAUCCCCCUUCUAUGGAAGCAAUGUCGCUGCCGGAUCAACUAGACGAAGCGUCAACCUAUAUCAAGAAGUUAGAGAAAGAAUUGGAGGAAAUGAAGGAGAAGAGAGACAGCAAAAUGAUGAGAGCUGGUAAGAACCCUAAUUCAAGAAUGAUGAGCGCAUCAAGCAGUGCAGGUAUGAUGAUCAGAUCACCACAAAUUGAGAUCCAUGAAAUGGGAUCAGCCCUAGAAGUGGUUUUGAUUACUGGGUUGGAUUGUCAGCCCAUUUUCAAUGAGAUUAUCCGGUUGAUUCAUGAGGAGGAAGCUGAGGUUGUGAAUGCCAGCUUCUCUACAGUUGGUGAUACAGUUUUCCACACAAUUCACUGCAAGGUUGGAGAGUCGUCUGGAUUUGCAUGUGGAGCUGCGAGGAUAGCUGAGAAGCUCAAGAAGUCUUUUUAUGAUGCUGGUCCAUUUUGAAUGGAUAAUAAUAAAUUUCUAGUAAUUAAUCAGAAUUAUGAAUGGUGAAAGCUGGUUUUUAGGGCACAAAUUAGACAAAUAUACAUAUUAUUCGUUUGUCUUA